AUGAGAAAAAGAAUGAACAAAGAAACAGUUACCUCGUUUUUCCUAUUUUUUAACAUAUGUUGUUCUAUAUGUAUUGUACUCUUAAAUAAGUGGGUAUAUGUCCACGUAGGUUUCCCUAAUAUCGCUUUAACUUUUCUGCACUUCGUUGUUACUUACAUCGGCUUGGAAGUAUGUAGAAGAUGCAGUGUUUUCGUAAAAAAGUCUCUGCAGGUUAAGGACAUUAUUUCGGUAGCUAUAACAUUUUGCGGGUUUGUGGUUUUUACGAAUCUUAGCUUGCAGCAUAACACUGUAGGUACUUUUCAAAUCGCUAAAUCAUUGACGACGCCUUUCAUCAUUAUCUUGCAAAUGAUGUUAUAUGGGAAAAAGUUUUCUGUGCGCGUGAAGUUGACGCUGAUUCCAAUAACAGUCGGUGUUUUCCUGAAUUUUUAUUAUGAUCUGCAGUUCAGUUUCUUAGGGACGGUGUACGCUUCUGUGGCUGUGGUUGUAACGUCAUUUUAUCAAGUGCUUGUCAGUAAAAAGCAGCAGGACUUGCAAGUGGAUCCUAUGCAACUUCUGUACUACCAAGCGCCAAUAUCAUCAUUGAUACUACUUAUACUUUUACCAUUCAUUGAACCAGUAGUGUUCACAAUAUCCCACAACUGGAGAACUGCAGAUGUUUGCAUGAUACUUGCAUCAUGUUUCAUUGCCUUUUUUGUAAACAUCUCAAUAUACUGGAUCAUUGGAAACACUUCACCACUGACAUACAACAUGGUUGGACACCUUAAAUUUUGUGUCACCAUGCUAGGUGGUGUACUGUUGUUUGAAGAUCCUCUUCAUAUUAAUCAGGGUGUUGGUAUUUUGCUCACAGUUAUUGGGAUAACUUCUUAUGCACAUGUGAAGGUUACUGAGCUGAGACCAGUGCCCAAAACAGUAGAAGAAGGUUUCCAAAUACUCCCUGGUGGUAGGAUUAGCUAGUUUUGUUUCUGGAAGCUGAGCACUGGUUAAUGUGGCUGAAACCUUUUCAGUCUAGCCAUCAUCUUCAUCCUACAGACAGACAAUUUUUCUCAUCUAGGAACUCGUGCUCAUCUUGUGUCAAAAUUUGUAUUCUGAAAGAGAAAAUGAUAUUGGUAUAUUGCAACAUUCUUAUCACCGCAGUAGUUCAGUGAUAAUUUAAGAAAGAAUUAUUGGCAUGUAAAACAGUAAAUGCACAUUUGUUCUGUAUCUUUUGAACUGUAAUUCUUCAUAGCGAAACAAAUGUGCCCAAACAUUGGUGAUGCUGUUUAUGAGUAAAAGGUGAAAUUUUAUAUUUAAUUUAUCAUGAUGCAGUGCUUGAUAGUUAAGUUGUAGCAUUCAUGUAUGUAUGUUAGGUGUGUAAACAUGAUCUAGUUCAAUCCAGUGUGCAUAACAUGCCAUAGGAAUCUUUUAGUUUUAAUAA